CCCACCCGAACCCCCUACUGGGGAUACUCCUUCUUCAUCUUCUUCAUUGCUUCAGAUCUCUCCAUUUAUUCCAUAAUAGGGGAGGUUUCAACCAAUUUUUCUCCUGUUAUAUAUAUUCUCAUCGUCUCCCAUUCUGUAUACGUACAUAUAAUGUAUGUGAAUACACAUUCUCAUUGCUGAGCUUCAAUCAGACGGGAAUAUCCAUUCCAUUUGUUUCUCUCUCCUGUUUCAGCGUAUUUCACUUGUCGGUGAUCUCUAUAUACAUUUUUUUUUUGUUUUGGAAAAUGGCGGCAGUUUCCGGACCUCUGACGCCUGGACAGGUGUCAUUUUUGCUUGGAUUCAUCCCCGUCCUUGUUGCAUGGUUAUACUCCGAGUGGUUGGAGUACAAGAAGUGGUUGUUCCCAUCUAAAGUCAGUCAUUCAGAUAAUAAUCUAGUUGAAUUGGAAAAUGCAACAAUCACAGAAGAAGAUCGAGCUGUCUUGCUGGAAGGAGGUCUGUCAAAAUCUGCAUCUACGAAGUUGUCUAGUUCAUCAAUAAAAACAAAUAUAGUUAGGUUUCUAACAAUGGAGGACUCCUUUUUGCUCGAAAAUCGAGCAACUUUAAGGGCAAUGUCCGAAUUUGGGGGAAUCCUUUUUUAUUUCUAUAUCUGUGACCGCACAAAUUUCUUCGCAGAUUCUACUAAGAGCUACAAUCGGGACCUCUUCCUCUUUCUGUAUUGUCUUCUGAUCAUAGUUUCAGCAAUAACUUCUUUCAAGAAACACAAUGACAAAUCAGCAUUUUCUGGAAAAUCCUUGCUUUAUCUUAACCGUCAUCAGACAGAGGAGUGGAAAGGAUGGAUGCAGGUCCUCUUUUUGAUGUAUCAUUAUUUUGCUGCAACAGAGAUAUACAAUGCCAUUCGUGUUUUCAUUGCUGCAUAUGUUUGGAUGACUGGUUUUGGGAACUUCUCCUAUUAUUACAUCAGAAAAGAUUUUAGUUUGGCUCGGUUUGCUCAGAUGAUGUGGAGGCUGAAUUUCUUUGUAAUAUUUUGUUGUGUUGUUCUUAACAAUGACUAUAUGCUGUAUUACAUCUGCCCAAUGCACACACUUUUUACUCUCAUGGUGUAUGGAGCCCUUGGCAUUGGCUACAACUACAACGAGAAAAGAUCAGUGAUGGCUCUGAAGCUAGUUAUGUGCUUUGUCGUGGUUAUCCUGAUUUGGGAGAUUCCUGGAGUUUUUGAGUUUCUUUGGGGUCCUUUCGCAUUUAUGUUAGGAUACAGUGAUCCAGCCAAGCCAGAUCUCCCUCGCUUGCAUGAAUGGCAUUUCAGAUCUGGACUGGACCGCUAUAUAUGGAUUAUUGGCAUGAUAUACGCCUACUUUCACCCUAAUGUUGAGAAGUGGAUGGAGAAACUGGAGGAGUCUGAACCCAAGCGGAGACGAACAAUCAAGACAUCAGUUGUUGCUGUUGCUGUAGCUGUUGGGUACUUGUGGUAUGAAUACAUUUACAAGCUGGACAAGACCGCAUACAACAAGCUCCACCCCUACACCUCGUGGAUUCCCAUAACUGUUUACAUCUGCUUGCGGAAUUUUACUCAGGAGCUACGGAAUUUCUCUUUGACUCUCUUUGCGUGGCUGGGCAAAGUCACAUUGGAAACGUAUAUCUCCCAGUUCCACAUCUGGCUGAGAUCAAAUAUGCCGAAUGGACAGCCUAAGUGGCUCCUGUCCUUUAUUCCAGACUAUCCUAUGCUUAAUUUUAUGCUUGUCACUGCAAUUUAUGUUUUGAUAUCAUAUAGGCUUUUUGAACUAACCAACACUCUCAAGACAGUUUUCGUACCUACGAGAGACAAUCAGAAGCUGCUUCACAACUUCAUUGCUGGGGUUGUGAUUUCUGUGUGCAUAUAUUGCCUUUCCUUUAUUCUUCUUCAGAUCCCUCAUUGAUGUCUUCACUCUGGGAUGAGACAGUCGUAGAUUACUCUAGAAAGAUAUAAAGUAGAUGAGAAAUCAGUCAUAUUAUUUCUUGGAUGGGAUGGAGAUGUUGAUAUUCAAAGCCAGCUUGCUAAGCAUGCGAACAGUUUUGAGGAGUAUCAUUUGCAGUUGCUAAAUUCAAGUAUACAAGCAAUUAUUUUCAGAAUUAAAACCUGCGUCUCCAAGGGACAACCAGUUGUAUGAUAUGAUAUCAAUUGCCAAGUGUAUGCAAUUUUUUCUUCUCUUUGCCGUUGCCUUUCAUAGUCAUGUAUGUUUCCACGUUAAUCAGUGUAAGAGAGAAAUGUAGGCGUGAUAUGUGUACUUGUGUUCUCUAAUCAGCAGACUUGAGUGAUUCAUCGCUAAUGCAAUUGUUCUCUUUGAGACUCUUUAUUACCGUUUGUGAAGUCUUGAAGGAGACAUUUUUUAA